AUGGAAGUCCUCCACGCCGCUCCAGAGUCUUCUUCAUUCGUACUUCUGGCGGAGCACCAGGCGCGCACACCUGCGUCGUUCUACUCCGGACCGCCAGUACUGCACUACCACAGCAAGCGAUGCAAAGUGGUCAUUCUCGAGCGCGAUUUGCGCGCCUCCCCAGCUCUCAAUUCCAUGCGCGGAACUUCUGCGUCGGCUACCGUAAAUGGUUCUAGGGCUGGUAAUAAUGCUACCACUGAAGGAGGCGAAGAAUUUGGGGGAGAGGAGGAGGAAGAGAAAAAUGUCGUUAUCGAUGGGGUGGACGUAUGGGUUACUUCCGACAAGUUCCUCCUCUAUGUCCCCGCUACCUCGACAGGUGUCUCUAUCCCCUACCCAUCUAUCUCCUUGCACGCUAUCCAGAGACUUCAAGUACCAGACGCGCCGAACAGCGAAGAAGUCCAAGGACUAUACAUGCAGAUUGCAACGGACCAACAACCCGCCUACGGAGAGGAAGAAGAAGAUGAAAGCUGUAUAACAUUAACCCUCGUCCCGCCCACGGGACCGGAAAUGCUCAACACAUCCACCGCAGAGACCACGACGGCCACGUCUGCCGAGCGCGUCAUGCAGGAGGAUUUCAGCGAUAAGCCCGACGAGACUCCGACACAGAUGCUGUAUGCGGCUGUCUCGGCAUGUUCGAAUCUCCAUCCCGAUCCGCCCCAGCCCGGUGAGGAAGAUGAUGAUCAGAAUGCCUUGUUCCAGUCUGGCUUUGCUGUUCCUGGUUCUGCGGAUGGAGGGCUGCCACCUCCCGUUGAUGGCAGCUCGGGGUGGAUCACUGCGGAGAAUAUGCAUGAGUAUUUUGAUGAAGAAGGGAACUGGAUUGCUGGGGGUGAGGCGCCGUCUUUGCUUUCUCCCCUGGGUCCUGGGGCUGGGAGUGUGAGGUCGAGGGAGCAAGAAGAGGAUGACCAGGAAGGCGCAGACGGGGAAGAAACGAAAUGGAGGAGGACCGAUUAA